UCGAGAACGAAUAAACAAGGAACAACGCCCCAUCGCUCCUCUCUCUGUCUCUGUCUCUCUCUCUCUCUUCCCCCUCUAUCUCGCCCUCGUCUGGCCUCUUUCUGCGACCAAGCCCUUGGAUUAGGGUUUGGUUUCGGGUCUGAUUCGUUUGAGGCUGGAGAUUUGUCGAGCAGUCGAGGUCUCGAGCUGUUUGGUCGAGGCCGAGGUGGGGGCGGAGCUUUGUUUUCCGUUUGGAGCGCGGAGGGGCUGGAUCUUGGACGGCAGCCGAUGCGGGAAGGAAGGGAUAUGUGGUUGAUCUUCCGGCGCUGUUGUCUCUGUUCGUGAUUGUGGUGGACGGUGUUCUUGUAGCUGUCUCUUCGUCGAGGGCUUGGGAGUACAUCUGAGAUUGGAUCUGGUUGCUGUGUUUAGUCGGUGGGUCGGUGGAAUACAACGCGUGAGUGGGACUAGGGGAUUUGGUGCAUGGGCCGAUAGGACAAAUGCUGCUGGUUCCAGUGGCGAUCUGUUCUUUUUGACUUCUUGUGCAGAAAUUUUUACGGCGCUUGGGAGAAAGAAAGGAAAAAAAAAGGGGGUUGUGAAGAAAGAGGUAGGAGAGAGAGGAAAAAAAAAGAAGUAGAUUUGGCUUUUCUGUGAGGAAUUCCAAGUGGCUAGCUGUACAAAUGCAGCAAGAUCAGCGUAAGAAGAAUUCACCAGAACUAGACUUUUUCAGCGAGUAUGGUGAUGCUAAUAGAUACAAGAUUCAGGAGGUUAUUGGCAAAGGUAGCUAUGGAGUAGUUUGCUCGGCAAUUGAUAUACAUACUGGUGAGAAGGUAGCAAUAAAGAAGAUCCAUGAUAUUUUUGAACACAUAUCUGAUGCUGUCAGAAUUCUUCGUGAGAUCAAACUUCUUCGUCUCUUAAGGCAUCCAGACAUAGUGGAGAUCAAACACAUAAUGUUGCCUCCAUCAAGGAGGGAUUUCAAAGAUAUUUAUGUUGUUUUUGAGCUCAUGGAAUCUGAUCUCCACCAAGUAAUUAAGGCAAAUGAUGACUUGACAAAAGAACACUACCAAUUUUUUCUUUAUCAGUUGCUUCGUGCUUUAAAAUAUAUCCACACAGCUAAUGUGUAUCAUCGUGAUUUAAAGCCAAAGAACAUACUAGCAAAUGCAAACUGCAAACUGAAGAUUUGUGACUUUGGAUUAGCUAGAGUUGCAUUUAGUGAUACCCCCACAACAAUUUUUUGGACAGAUUAUGUUGCAACCAGAUGGUACAGGGCUCCAGAGUUAUGUGGAUCGUUCUUUUCUAAGUAUACUCCUGCUAUUGAUAUUUGGAGUAUUGGUUGCAUAUUUGCUGAAGUAUUGACAGGCAAGCCUGUCUUCCCUGGCAAAAAUGUGGUUCAUCAGUUGGAUUUGAUGACUGAUCUUCUGGGGACACCUUCCUUGGAUACAAUUUCUCGGGUUCGGAAUGAAAAGGCAAGGAGAUAUUUGAGCAGUAUGAGGAAGAAACAGCCAGUACCAUUUGCACAGAAGUUCCCAAAUGCAGAUCCGUUGGCAUUAAAACUUUUAGAGAGGCUGCUAGCCUUUGAUCCUAAGGACAGGCCAACUGCUGAAGAGGCAUUGGCUGAUCCCUAUUUCAAAGGUCUUGCUAAAGUAGAGAGGGAACCAUCUAGCCAUCCAAUCACAAAAAUGGAGUUUGAGUUUGAGCGUAGAAGGUUGACUAAAGAUGACAUUCGGGAACUUAUCUUUCGUGAAAUAUUGGAGUAUCAUCCUCAGUUACUCAAAGACUACAUUAAUGGAACCGAAAGAACAAAUUUCUUGUAUCCUAGCGCUGUGGAUCAGUUUAGAAAGCAGUUUGCUUACCUUGAGGAGAAUGGUGGUAAAAUUGGACCUGCCAUUCCACUAAAUAGGAAACAUGUUUCUCUCCCUAGAUCAACGGUUGUCCACUCGUCUACUACUGUUUCUCCAAUGGAACAAACCAAUAUGGUCUCUUCAAGAGAGAGACAAGGCACUUUUGAACCUUGCAAGAAUCCUCGAGACGUUGAAAGGCCAACUGGAAAUAUUGCAAGGACUUCACAGGCACCACAAAGGAUUCCAACCGCUCGGCCAGGAAAAGUUAUUGGUCCCGUCUUGCUUUACGAGAGUGCGAGUGUGAAAGAUGCCUAUGAUCCUAGACGUUUCAUUAGAAAUCCUGUGCUUCCACCACAACCUGGUAUUUCUCCGGCAUAUUGUUUUCACAAUAGCUCAGGCAAGUUGGAUGGCUACAACAGAGAACCAUUGGAAGCCAAACAUGAACCCGUUCAACAUAAGCCUCCACAACCGUGCUUGCACAAUAAGAUGGCGCCAGAUGUAGCUCUCGACAUGAGAGCCUCCCCAUUUUAUCUCACGAGGACCAAGGCUGAACCUGCUGUGAGGGAAAGCAUGAUCGAGGCAAGCUUGGUGCAGACAAAAUCGCCCUACAAUGGACUUGUUGCAGCAGCAGCAGCAGCAAGUGAUGUUGCACAUAGAAAAGUUGGUGCUGUUCAGUGUGGUAUGACAAAGAUGUAUUAGGCAGAGAUCACAGAUAUUGUGAUGAGCAGGAAAAUGAAAGUUGGGCGAUGGAGAAUUCAAAUGCUUGAGUGACCACUGGGAAGAUGAUGGAGAUUCACUAGGAACGCAGAAGUGAGACAAGAUAGGAUUGCAUAGAAUGCCAGGGCGAUUAAAGUGGCAAUUUCUUAUUUCAUGCUCGGCAUGUGCAUUUCUCUGGAAGAAAACACUUGAAAAGUUAUUGUAAGCAUGUCAGCAAGUGGAAUUGUUCAUGCUUUGCUUACAGAACGGAAACGGUUUUCCCUGUAACUUUAUUCAGAUCUGGUGUUUCGUUUACCAGACUUGUACAGAUACAAUGCCGGAGAUUAUUAGUUGAGGAGUUUCGAACGUUUCUUUGGAUACAAUAUACAUAUUUGAUGUUUCUA